AUGGCGAUUACAGCAGCAACCGGAUCCUCGAGGCGGUCAACAGCCGGCGGAUCGGUCAACCGGUCCUACUCCCAGUCCGGCGGCAGAUUCAGCCUGUCGUCGUAUCAGUCUCCGUACUCCUCGUCUGCCUCAACCGGCUUCGCAUCAUCCAGUUCCAGUUUCGCGACGCGGUCAUCCACCUUCUUCGCUGGGAACCCCGUCAGAUCCGCGUCUCCUCCGCGAGUCAGCAUGUCCGGCCACUCCAUGUCGGCCUCCGCCGUCCGAUUCUCUCUGGACCGGUCGGUCUCUCCCAACCGGUCGAUCUCUACCGUCAGCCCUUCCCGCAGCCGGCCGCAGGUGGUGAGGAAGCAGCCAGGUCCGAAGAAGACGUGCAUGUGCUCGCCGACGACGCACCCCGGCUCGUUCCGCUGCAGCCUACACAAGAACCAGAACACGGCGCACGCGUCGAGCUACGCGCCGAACAACCGCCUCAACGCGCGCAGAUCUGCGAUGACGAACUCGCUGGUGAGGAUCGGCGGCGUGGAAGGGGAUCUGGUGAGGCGAGCGCUGGCGGCGUUGAUCCGCCCAAGUUCGCACCAGCAGAGGAGGCGCGCGGCGUUCCAGCCGAGGCCGAGCAGGCUCAGCUCCAUGUCCAAGUCGACGGAGGAAUCGUAA